CAUUUUUCUCUCGCAAUAAAUAUUGAAAGUCAUGCUUCGUCUCACCAACAUCAACAAGGCCCGUGCGGCGGGCACUCUGCUCAGGCGGUCGAUGAGCAGCAACGUGGCGACCACGAAGCUGUUCAUCAACGGCGAGUUCGUUGAGUCGCAGACCAACGAAGAGGUGGUGACGCGGGUGCCCAAGGCGACGGCUGCGGAGCUGAACGAGGCGGCGGCCAGCGCGCAGUCGGCGUUCAAGGAGUGGAGGCGCACCAGCGUCCUGACGCGGCAGCGCAAGAUGCUGGAUCUGCAGCAUGCGGCCAGCAUAGUGACCGAGCAAGGCAAGGUGUUCAGCGAUGCGCAGGGCGAUGUUCUGCGCGGGCUGCAGGUGGUGGAGAACAUGACAGGCAUCACCGACCACCUGCUGGGCACCAAGCUGGAGGUGGCCAAGGACAUGGAUACGUAUACGGUGCGCGAGCCGUUGGGUGUGGUGGCUGGCAUCUGCCCAUUCAACUUUCCGGCAAUGAUUCCGCUGUGGAUGUUCCCGCCCUCGGAGCGCGACCCCGGGGCGGCCAUGAUCCUGGCCAAGCUGUGCGAGGAGGUGGGCAUCCCCAAGGGCGUGCUGAACAUCGUGCAUGGCGCCCACGACACAGCAGUGUCGUUUGUGGGCGGCGACAAGGCCGGCCGGUACAUCUACGAGCGGUGCUCGCAGCACGGCAAGCGGUGCCAGGCGAACCUGGGCGCCAAGAACCACGCGAUUAUCAUGCCGGACGCCAACAAGGAGCAUGCGCUGAAUGCCAUCUCGGGCGCAGCCUUUGGAGCCGCCGGCCAGCGGUGCAUGGCGCUCAGCGUCGCUGUGUUCGUCGGCGAGACUGCCGAGUGGAUUCCUGAGAUUGCCGAGCGCGCGCGCCAGCUCAGUGUCAACGGCGGGUUCGAGAAGGGCGCCGAUAUCGGCCCGAUGAUCACCCCGGCCGCCCAGCAGCGCGCCGAGGGUCUGAUCCAGUCGGCAGUCGACGAUGGAGCGUCGGUGGUGCUGGAUGGCCGCGGCGUCAAGGUCGCUGGCUACCCGAAGGGCAACUUUUUGGGCCCGACCAUCAUCGACAACACCAAGACGUCGAUGGCGUCGUAUCAGGAGGAGAUCUUUGGCCCGGUGCUGUCGUGCAUCCGCGUGGACACGAUGGACGAGGCGCUGGAGAUUGUCAACAAGAACCGGUACGGCAACGGCGCGUCCAUCUUCACGCGGUCGGGCGCCAGCGCAGCGCAAAUCGGCAUCAACGUGCCCAUCCCUGUGCCCCUGCCCAUGUUCUCGUUCACUGGCAACAAGGCGUCGUUCCUGGGCGACUCCAACUUUUACGGAAAGUCGGGCGUCAACUUCUACACCCAGUACAAGACCGUCACCAGCCUCUGGCGCAAGGAGGAUGCCGAUGACCGUCGCUCGGCCGUCCACAUGCCUACCCUCAACUAA